AUGUUUUGGUUAGCAAGCUUUUUUCUCUUCACACUCCUUCCGGUCGCUCAGUCGUUCUAUCUUGCUGACUCCAACCCAAUUUUAGCCUUUAGCAGUCAAGUCAGAGAGGGGCAUCUUUAUACAGAAAAUCACAGACGAGGGAUGUACCUACAGAUUAGCCAGGAUGGGAGUGUGUCCGGAAGUGAUGUUCAGACCCCUUACAGUGCACUGCAGCUGCAGUCAGUACAACCGGGCCACAUCGCCAUCAAAGGUCAGAGGUCAUCUCUUUUUCUGUGCACAGACAGCGGCGGAUCCCUGAGAGGGCAGAGUCAUUUCUCGGAAGAUGACUGCACCUUCCAAGAGCUGCUGCUGGCGGACGGAUACACCCGUUUCCUGUCCCCGCGCCACGGAUUCCCCUUGUCGCUGGCGUCCAGGCGUUCCCCAGAUCGACACCUUCCCUUCACACGAUUCCUUCCACUCAAGGAAAGCCUUCCAAAGGAGACCGCAUCAGUGCGGGCACCGAUAAGAGAGACCUACUUCAACUUGGACUCUGAUGACCUUCUUGGAAUGUCUCAGGGGUCCGUGCUCAGUCCUCAGUUUUCAGUAGAAAAGUGA